AUGCCUAUUUGCAAGUCGUGUGAAGCGUUCGAUAUUCGAUCCUUACUUUUCGAAUCGGCUCGUCAAGACACUCAAUAUACUGGGCUUACAGACCGCCUUUAUACUGAUACCAAUGAUUACAAACCACCAAUUCCAUUCUUCCAUCAACUUCACGAUAGUAUCGUCACACUCAAGCACUCUGCAGAGCAAGGCUGUGGGCUCUGUAAUCUGUUUUGGGUCACGUGGAUUAAAACUCUAGACAAGCCUGACUUCACUGAAGAAUGGUUGCACAAGACUUUCCAAGGAGAAGUUUAUUUGGGAUGCAGUGGCUGGAUUGCAUCAAGACAAGGGACACCAUAUGUAAUUCUGACACAGAAAACGCUGAAUGGAACUGCUCGUACGCUGGCCACCUUUGAACCAUUUGCCGAUCGAGAUGAACUGCCAUGCGAUGGGUUUGAUCUAUUAGGGCGGUCGAUUUAUGAAGAUCCGGCUUCGAAGAGGUGUCUAGCUGUUGCUGCCAAGUGGCUUGAUACAUGCUUGAAAGAGCAUACAAAGUGUAGCAUGCAAGCAGACAUCGAAAAACCUAUGCCAACUAGAAUCAUUCAUGUUGGAGACGAGGAUACUCCUCCCAAGCUUAUUACCACAGGAGGUAGAGUCGGAACCUGGAUUGCUUUAAGCUACUGCUGGGGAGGAGAUUCGGUCUUCAUCCAUAAUGAUUCCACUAUUGCCGACCUAAAAGCUGGAAUUCCCUUGGAAAAGUACCCCAGAACACUUGGAGAUGCUAUUCUCAUCACUCGUGCACUCGGUGUCAAGUAUAUAUGGAUAGACGCGUUGUGUAUCAAACAAGACUCCCGCGAGGACUGGGUAGCCGAAGCAUCGAAAAUGCGAGAAGUCUACAGCGGGGCUAUCGUCACCAUCUCAGCAGCGAAUUCGCCAUCGACUCAAAGUGGGAUUUUUUCGACUCGGCAACUUGGAAUGUCGAAGGUCGGCGUCGAAUGGAAGUCAGAGGGUAAACCCGCAAAGGUGUAUCUCCGAUCAGGCUCGGAACUCUGGGAUCACUCUUUGCAGACGAGUGCUUUACAGAAGCGGGGAUGGACAUUACAGGAAGGGUUGCUGGCCCCACGAACACUCUCGUUUGGACAGCAACAAAUGAUGUGGGAGUGUUCGGAGCAUCAAGCUGAUGAGGGAGGACGAAUCACUCAACCAACCCAGGAGUACAGAUCGAAAAGCUUCAUUCAGCAGAUGCUUCGGGCAGCAUAUCAGGAGGUUUCAAAGAAAAAGCCUACAGCCCUCGAACGACUCCAUAUACGGGCACCCAGGACGGAAGAAUGGUGGAAAUCACUGAAUAUCGAGAGCCCUUAUGACAAGUGGUGGGAAAUAGUAGAACAAUACAUGACACGUUCCCUCACGAAAGAUUUCGAUAUACUGCCAGCAUUGUCUGGACUAGCCCGAGCUUUUCAGCCAAUACUAAAAGAUGAGUAUCUUGCGGGACAUUGGAAAAAGGAUCUGAUACCUAGUCUCAUGUGGAUCCGAAAUCCUAGACAUCUUACAGACUGGUCCUCUCGAUUUGAUCCGACCAUUCCAUCAGAAUACUUAGCACCGUCAUGGAGCUGGGCUAGUAUCCUGGGUGGUCCGUCUGCAAUGUCUGUGACAUGGAAAAUUCGAGAUGCUUUGGUAAAUUCAACGCUCAGUGUGGCCGCAGUCAUUGACGUACAGGUCGUCACGAAAGGCGAUGAUCCAUUUGGCCAAACUAUUAGUGGGCAUUUAAAGAUGCGUGGCCGGCUUUUCCCAAUCAAGCUUAUGCCUCCAGUUUGGUCACUGAACGACCAGUUCCCUGAAGAGCCCGCGAACCUCCCGAAGUUGACAUCGUUUGAAAGAAUCGUAUACAACAGCGUAAGGGCUGUUGAUGUUACCGUUUACGAGUGGUACCAAAGUCACAAGCCCCAUCCUGAGCAAAGUUAUGGGGCAUUUGAGAUCAUACGCUGGAAAAAAUCACCUGGCAGUGGCCUUCCUGGUUCAGACUUCUUGCUGUUGGAAUCCACCGGCAACAAGCAAGAUGAAUAUCGACGUAUCGGAAAUGUGAGCGUGAGAAAGCACCAAUUGCCGAAAGAAGAUGAGGUCGGACCGGACUCCUAUGCGUUCAUGGUUUUGGAAAAUCAAGCGUUUGAGGAAAUUGAGAAGUCGAAAGUCAAGAAGACUACUGUUACUAUUGUGUAG